AUGUGUAAGACAAUCCUGCGUAUUCUACCUGAGAAAUCUGUACUUGGUGUAUCAACUUCCAUGCUUCGGAUUUUCGGCAGGGCUACAAUUCAGGGUAUCAAAAGAAUGUCGUCUUCCUCUAGCUCUCCAGUGAUAAUAAGGUCGUCGGAAAUCACAGGUCCCAUUGAAGAGUCCAUUAUUGAAAAAGUCACAACCGCAUUAUCUCCAACUUUCUUAAAAGUGGCUAAUGACUCCCAUAAACAUAGCCAUCACCAGGCCAUGCAAACAGCUUCGAAUGUGAAAGAGUCACAUUUCCGUUUGGAGAUUGUAAGUGACAGUUUUGUUGGAAAAAACAUGCCUGCCAGACACCGCAUCAUUUAUCAGCUUCUAGAUGAUGAAUUCAAAACGAAAGGAUUACAUGCCUUGCAAAUGAAGACCAAAACAGUGGAAGAAGCGGCAAAGCAAGCAAACAAAUAG